AAAAACAAAUAUAUAAAUAUGUAAAAAAAUCUCCAAAAGCAACGGUAAAAAUUAUUUGUUCUAUUUGAGAAGAUUCAGAUUCGUAUUACAUGACAACUUCUACGCCUUACGGGAUCAUGUUUUCAUACGCGACGUUGGCAUUGAAAGGAUAUACUAGGGGCCCAACUGGUUUUCACUCCGAGCAUUCACCGGUGAACCGCAGUCUGGUUCUUACCGGCGUUAGUUUCAUACCGCUGCCAUUUCGCCGGUUUAUUCUCGGGCACUUUUUACGCCUCUGACAAAGUUGAAGCUUAUCAAUCAAGCAGGUUGGUUCUACGUAAACGUAAACGUGCACGUUGUGCCGCAGAAUACAACUGACUGUGUGAUUUGAAUCGAAUAUGACCGGGUAAAUAUCGGGAAAUAAUGUCGCGGUCGAUGUCACGAGAAAAUGUAAGUAGUAAGUAAAGAAGAUUGCCAGAGAUCCAGUAAAGGUCAAUAAAACGACGUGUGGAAAAGCAAUGCGAAGAUGCAUGCAAGUGAUGGAUCAACGAGUUCAGUUGCACGGCACGUUACUGGCCUGAGAAUGAUAGAUGUUAUCUUAAUUCGGAUAUUUUUGUGACGUGCAACAUCCGCAUUUGCAAGUGUGCCAGCGACGUCGAGGCGUCAGAUAAAGUUACAAUUCGAUUCUUGCUAAAUGAAACGUUCGUCUGGUCACUAAUCAUGUUGUCAGAAAGAAAUAGGGAAGUUUUUGUGGAGUCUAUGUGACAAGGCGGCUCUCUCAUGUUGUCCAUGCUUGAAAAAAUAAUUUUUUCGGUUGACAUGCAUUCGGAUAUCAACGUUUGGCGGUCAAUAUAAACGGAAAUGGCAGCAGUAUUAACAAGUUUGAUCGGCACGACUUCCGUUCUUGGACUCGGUUUGAUUCCACUUUUGGCCAUCGGUCUCACCGUAUAUAGAUAUAAUAGCCUAGAUCCAGAAUCGCAUCCGCAAGAUGCGCGAGAGUUGCUACGAAUGUACGACUUCAUAGUAGUCGGAGGUGGCAGUGCAGGUGCCGUGGUGGCCUCGAGAUUAUCGGAAGUAGCUAAUUGGACAGUGCUACUCUUAGAAGCUGGCGAUGAUGAGAACGAAAUUUCGGACGUUCCCCUAUUCGCCUCAUACACUCAGCUAACAGAAUUUGAUUGGAAGUACCAGACCUCACCUCCCAAUACGUCCGCCUAUUGUCUCGCCAUGAUAGGCGACAGGUGUAAUUGGCCACGCGGUAGAGUACUAGGAGGCAGCAGUGUUCUUAACGCUAUGAUUUAUGUUCGUGGUAACAGGCAUGAUUAUGACAACUGGGCUCGAUUGGGUAACACGGGGUGGAGUUACGAGCAAGUACUCCCCUAUUUCCUCAAGUCCGAGGACAAUCGUAAUCCGUAUUUAGCAAGAACACCUUACCACGAGACAGGAGGUUACUUAACGGUGCAGGAGCCAUCCUGGAGAACUCCUUUGGCGAUCGCUUUUUUGCAGGCUGGUCAAGAGAUGGGCUACGAAAAUCGCGACAUAAAUGGAUUCAAUCAAACCGGGUUUAUGUUGACGCAAGCGACGAUUCGACGUGGCAGCCGAUGCUCGACGGCAAAGGCCUUCUUACGACCGGUGAAAAAUAGACCGAAUCUGCACAUAGCAAUGCACGCUCAGGCUCUGAGGGUGCUCUUCAACGCCGACAAAAGGGCAACGGGGGUAGAAUUCCUUCGCGACGGCAAACAACGGAUCGUAAGAUGCAGAAGAGAAGUUGUCUUAUCCGCCGGCGCGAUUAAUUCGCCUCAAUUACUCAUGCUGUCCGGAAUCGGUCCCAGCGAGCACUUGACCGAGUUCGGUAUACCAGUGAUAUCCGAUGUACGAGUUGGGGAUAAUCUUCAGGAUCACGUAGGCCUUGGUGGGCUGACUUUCUUGGUGAAUGAGCCGAUCACUCUGACGAAGGAGCGAUUUCAAACUGUUUCAGUGAUGUUUGAAUACAUCGUGAAGGAACGAGGACCCCUGACUACUCCGGGAGUCGAGGCAUUGGCCUUUCUUAAUACCAAAUACGCUGACAAGUCCGGUGAUUAUCCAGAUGUGCAGUUUCACUUCGCACCAAGUUCUAUUAACUCAAACGGUGAACAAAUAAAAAAGAUUCUCGGUUUGAGAGAUCGUGUGUACAACAUCAUGUACAAGCCCUUGCAUGGCGUCGAGACCUGGUCGAUUCUGCCGCUUUUAUUACGGCCCAAGAGCACAGGUUGGAUCAGAUUGAAGAGCAAAAAUCCCUUAGUUCAACCAGAUAUCAAUCCCAAUUACUUCACGUAUAAAGAAGACAUGGACGUCCUCAUCGAGGGAAUCAGAUUAGCAAUGCGGGUGUCCAAUACAAGCGCGUUUCAGCGAUUCGGCUCAAGACCUCACACGAUUCGUAUGCCGGGCUGUCAUAAAUAUCCGUUCGAUACAUAUGAAUAUUGGGAGUGCGCCGUACGACACUUCACCUUCACAAUUUACCAUCCGACGAGUACUUGCAAGAUGGGACCGCCGAGCGAUUCCACGGCCGUCGUGGAUCAGCGAUUAAGAGUUUACGGAGUGAAGGGACUCAGGGUCGCCGACGCUUCAAUAAUGCCGACCAUUGUCAGCGGCAAUCCGAACGGGCCGACUAUCAUGAUCGGCGAAAAAGCCAGUGAUAUUAUCAAGGAGGAUUGGCGAGUGAAGGCAAAGCGAAAUACCGGACGUAGAUAACGGAUGCAGAAAUCAAAAUUUUGCAAUUGUAUACGUUAUACAGUCGUUAUAUUAUAACCAAAAUUCCAAUUAUAUGAGGAUUAUAAUCACACGAGGAUUGUCAUUAAACUUUCUAACUUCUUC